AAAACAUACCUUUUCCGGUAAAAAUUUCAUACAGGUAAACUGGUAAGCCAAUAAAUUUGAAAGUCGGUGAGGUGUUGUUAUCUCGCGGACUUUUCUUUUUCACAGGGUGGAUUCCCUUGAUCUUCUUCUCUUCAUCUUCUAGAUUCUCAGGUAGGAAGUAUUCGAUUGCGUGUAUCUAUUUUCCUUCCUACACACGCAUUUAUACAGGCCGAAGAUAUACUUACGGAUGCUAAAUCUACAGAUAUAUAAACAGUUUUAGUCCUGUCGGUAAAAGAUUUUUGUACCCAAAGACCGAAAACGUAUAUAUAUCGCGAUGGAGAAAGAGUUGUGGAUAAGAAUGCUGCCGGGAAGAUAUUUGGUGGUUGUGGCGGCGUUGUUUUCCGGUUUAUUAGUGUCAGCGGUGGGGGUGCUUGAGGGAGGCGCUAUGAGGUUUUCUCUGGAGAGGGCAUUUCCGACGAGCCACGGAGUUGGAAUGGGUCAACUCGUAGAGCGGGACCGUGUCCGGCACGGCCGGAUGUUGCAGAGUUCUCUCGGCGGCGUCGUUGAUUUCCCUGUUGAAGGCACUUACGAUCCGUUUCUCGUGGGGCUUUACUUCACCAGAGUUCAGUUGGGCUCUCCACCUAAAGAAUUUUAUGUGCAAAUAGAUACAGGCAGCGAUGUUUUAUGGGUCAGCUGCAAUUCUUGUAAUGGUUGCCCAUUGUCCAGUGGACUUCAGAUACAAUUGGAGUUCUUUGACCCGUCAAGUUCACCAACAUCAUCAGUGAUCUCAUGUUCCGACCAAAGGUGUGGACUUGGAGAACAAUCAUCAGACACUGGAUGCUCCACAGAUAACCAAUGUAGCUACAACUUCCAGUAUGGGGAUGGUAGCGCAACGUCUGGCUAUUAUGUAUCAGACCUAAUCCAUGUCGAUGCAGUUGUCGGAAACUCAUUAACAUCCAACACUACAGCCCAAGUUGUUUUCGGAUGCAGUACCUUGCAAAGUGGAGACUUAACUAAGGCUGACAGAGCAGUUGAUGGAAUCUUUGGGUUUGGGCAGCAAAGCAUGUCUGUGAUUUCACAGCUUUCAUCACUGGGAGUAACACCAAACAUGUUCUCACAUUGCCUGAAGGGAGGUCAUGGUGGGGGAGGGAUAUUGGUGCUGGGUCAAAUUGUGGAGCCAAGUUUAGUUUACACCCCGCUCAUCCCUUCACAGCUGCAUUACAAUUUGAAUUUGGAAAGUAUUUCUAUACAAGGUCAGCCUUUGACCAUUAACCCGCAAGUAUUCUCAACAUCAAACAACCAAGGGACGAUAAUAGAUUCUGGAACAACUUUGGCAUACCUUGCUGAGGGCGCUUAUUACCCGUUUAUAAAUGCGAUAAACAAGAUUGUCUCUGCAUCUACACAACCUCUCGACUCCAAGGGAAAUCUCUGUUACUUGAUCUCGUCUAGUGUCUCUGAUAUAUUUCCCUCCAUCAGUUUGAAUUUUCGUGGUGGUGCGUCAAUGAUGUUGAAUCCUGAGGAUUACCUUUUACAACAAAACUCAAUUGAUGGAGCUGCAGCGUGGUGUAUUGGGUUUCAGAAAAUGCAGGGUCAAGGGAUCACUAUAUUAGGAGACCUUGUUCUGAAAGACAAGAUUGUCGUCUAUGAUUUGGAAAACCAACGGAUCGGUUGGACUAAAUAUGACUGUUCCAUGCCAGUAAACGUUUCAACAGCCACAAGAGCGGGAAGGAGUGAAGUUGUGGAUGCGGGACGGUUAGAUGACAAUAGUUCGCUGCAGAUUGAUCCUAAAACUUUGAUAUUAGGUGUCAUUAUCGCUCUCUUAUUUGAUAUUUUGUUAGCAUUCAAUUUCUACUCUGGUUUGUAAUACAUGUGAUAUAGUCAUAUAGAUAUGUAGGUAGAGUUGGGCUCCAUUCUUUUCCAUAAUGUAUUUGUACAGACUACAGACUGACCAAUAUUUAUUUAUAGGGCAUUAAUUCACUUUCCACAGGCGCUCUGUUGCUCAUGCCCCUGUAUAGUUACAAUAGCAAUAGAAACAAUUUGUGUACUAAUCACCCUCCUGGGGUAGGGAGUAGGGACUCUAUAUGUUAACCGUACAGAAUUUGUUUGCAAUAAGUUAACAGUUUUUAGUUUGGGGGAACAA